UUUUCACAUUUACUUAUUACUGCUUUAAUAGGCUCCUUGCAUCAUUUUCAUUGAUGAAAUUGAUGCUGUUGGCUCCACACGGAAGCAAUGGGAAGGCCAUACAAAGAAAACGUUGCAUCAGUUACUCGUUGAAAUGGAUGGUUUUGAACAGAAUGAGGGCAUAAUUUUGAUGGCUGCAACGAACUUGCCUGAUAUACUUGAUCCAGCUUUGACAAGGCCUGGUAGAUUUGAUAGACAUAUUGUUGUUCCUAAUCCAGAUGUGCGGGGUCGCCAAGAGAUAUUGGAGCUCUAUCUACAAGAUAAACCAUUGGCUGAUAAUGUAGAUGUGAAAGCAAUUGCUCGUGGUACACCGGGGUUCAAUGGGGCAGGAAUGGUGUGAGAUGUGGUAGGACCUGCUUCAUCUUCUUCUCUCGUUUAAAUUUCUUCUCAAACAGAUUUGGCAAAUUUAGUAAAUAUUGCUGCCAUUAAGGCUGCUGUUGAAGGUGCUGAGAAGCUAACAGCAGCAGAGUU